AUGGACCACCAACCCACCCCCAGGAGCUGCAGCCGGGGGCCCCCAGCCUGCGACACCGUCCAGAGUGACCCUCCUAUGAAUGUUUUCAUUCACACGACCACCGGGGCCCGGUAUGAGCUCUCUGUCCCCGUGGAAGAGACGGUGGAAGGUCUGAAGAGGAGGCUGUCUCAGAAGCUUAAAGUCCCCAAGGAACGGCUGGCUCUCUUGCAUAAAGAAAGUCGUCUGAAUUCAGGCAAGCUGCAAGAUUUGGGGGUCGGAGAAGGGAGCAAGCUGACUUUGGUGCCCACGGUGGAAGCUGGCUUGAUGUCUCAAGCAUCCAGGCCAGAACAGUCGGUGAUGCAAGCGUUAGAAAGUUUAACCGAAACUCAGGUAAACGACUUCCUGUCCGGGAGGUCCCCCCUGACCCUUGCCCUGCGGGUGGGCGAUCACAUGAUGUUUGUCCAGCUGCAGCUGGCAGCUCAGCAGAACAGCGGGCAGCUCCAGCAUCGCCACGUGAUUGCCAGCCGCGGAGAACAAGCUGGAGGCGCCACACCUGCCACACCGGUGCCGGCGGCCGGACCAGCUGCUUCCAGUUGCCGCACCCUCCCUGGGAGCAGCCCCGCCUCCCCCACUUUUGCCCGGCUCCCCACGGCGCCCGCUUGCCCGCCAAGCCCUGUGCCCAGCCCUGCUGCUUCUCCGUCACCAAUGCAGACUAUGCCUCUCUACUGUACCACCGCUAACCCGACUCCCGUCACGGCAGGGAUGUUCCAUUCACAUGGAGCCAGCGCACAGACGGUAGACUGCGCCUCAAGAAGUAAAAGUUCGCCCAGCACCAGCCCCACACAGGCCUCUCGGACCCGCAAACAUGGCGCUGUGAUAGAAAGCUUUGUUAACCACGCCCCUGGGGUUUUUUCGGGAACGUUUUCUGGCACUUUGCACCCCAACUGCCAAGACAGCAGCGGGAGGCCGCGCCGAGACAUCGGCACCAUCCUGCAGAUCCUCAACGACCUCCUGAGUGCCACGCGGCACUACCAGGGCAUGCCCCAGUCGCUGACGCAGCUGCGGUGCCAGACGCAGUGCUCCUUGUCCACCCCUUCCCUGGAUCUCAACAACCACACUACCUCAGAAAGAACGGCAGCUGCUGCUAACCAGCCCUUGCACUUGGGGGUCCAGUGCCCGAGCCAAGCAGCCACUUGCAAGCCCACUGGCGACCGCUUGCGCCAGACGGAGAACCGCGCCACCCGUUGCAAAGUGGAACGCCUGCAGCUUUUGAUGCAGCAAAAACGCCUGCGCCGGAAGGCAAGGAGGGACGCCCGGGCCCCUUACCACUGGCUGCCCAAUCGAAAAUCCGGCCGCACCAGCAGCAACAGCAGCGUUUCCAGUGAAGGCAGCCUUGAUCUAGACUUCGAAGAUUCAGUUUGGAAACCCGAAGUCAAAGCGGACAUGAAAUCCGAAUUUGUCGUAGCAUAA